CAAAAUAGUGCAUCAGAUGUUGGGCAGGGAUUCAGUAAUGGGCGGAGCACGAUCCUCCCACUCUGCUGCUGUACACGGAAACUGCGAGGUGGUACGGCACAGCACCGCAACGUGAAGACUGAGGGGUUAAUAGGAGACAUGUCUGGUGAUGGACCUUAUCAUACCAUAUUGGAUCCGUUCAUCCCGUAUGUUGGCACUAUCUUUCCAAGUCUGGAACCAGGAAGCAUGGUGGUGAUUCAUGGUUCUGUAGUUCAUAAUGCAGACAGGUUUCAGAUAGACUUCCAGUGUGGGAGCAGUCAGAAACCCCGUUCAGAUGUGGCCUUUCAUUUCAAUCCACGAUUUAAAGGUUCAGGAGUCAUAAUCUGCAACACUCUACAAAAUGAAACAUGGGGUUGGGAAGAAAAAACAUACGAGUUCCCUUUUAAAAAGGGCAAGCCAUUUGAAAUCAUAUUUCUUGUUUUACCUAAUAAAUUCCAGGUAUCUUCAAAUGGGAAGCACUUAUUGACUUACAAACAUAGGAUCAACCUGGAAAGAGUUGAUACACUCAGUAUAUCUGGAAUGGUGGAAAUUCACACAAUUGGAUUUGCUCACACAACACAGGGUGGUUCACAACCAGCAUCUCUUGCACCUAGUUCAAUAAAUUCCACUCAGGUAUCACAGGAGAGCUUGAUUUUUGAAGUUCCUUACACCGGAAACCUUCCUAUUGCUCUGACUCCAGGAAGAACUGUGGUUGUGAAGGGUGAAAUAAACAAAAAUGCUAAAAGGUUUGCCAUUGAUCUUAAGCCUAAUGGCUCCAAAGACAUUGCUUUGCACUUAAAUCCACGCAUGAAGGAGAGGGUGUUUGUGAGGAACACAUACUUGCACGAUAGUUGGGGAGAGGAAGAACGGCAACUGCACGAAUUUCCAUUCUUUCCAGAUAUGUAUUUUGAGAUUCUCAUCUACUGUGAAGCCCACCAGUAUAAGGUUGCAGUUAAUGGACAGCAUCUCUUGGAGUAUAAGCACAGAUUCAAAGACUUGGCCAAGAUCAGCGAGAUAUCAGUUAAUGGAGAUAUUGAGCUGUGUGACGUCAGGGCCUGGUAGUCAAGAAUGUGAUAUCUGGCAACAGAGGACUUAUAAUAUUCACAGGAGAUUUUCAUUGGAACGUUUAGUCUGAUCCUGUGAUACACUGUGAACCUGAAUAAUCCAGAGGCAUUACAUUGAUCAAAAUGGCUUCCUUUUUUCUCCAAUGAGCAUAACCCUAUCCUAAAAUAACUGUAUAAACUAAAUUGCUGUGUUACCUUAAAAACAAUAAUAAUGAGAAAUGCUGACUAUGAAUAUUGAUUAUGGAAUUUAACACACAGACAAGACUGCUGCCCUCACCUAAAGGGUACACUGUGUUCUCAUUUAGAUGGACGUACUGCUGUGUGCAUUCAGGCUGUAACAUCUAGAUCCCUGGCACUUUUGUUGAAUCAGAUUCACAGCACUAUAGGGAUCUGGUCUUCUAUCUGGAAAAUGGAUAGUUAAACAUGGAUGCAGUACAUCCAGCUAAAUGAUGCCUUAAUCUGUAUUAUCGGGUUUAGAAAAGGGAUUAUUAUAUUAAAAUAUAUAUUUCUAUUGUUCGUUACAAUUAUGUUUUUAAUGUCAUCUUCAUUUUAAUAUGAUGUUUUCCUGUGGAUGUGCUAAUUUUUGGAUCAUGGAAAACUGAGUAGAUUAAAGGGGUAUCCUGGCUUUAUACAUCUUAUCCCCUAUCUAAAGGACUGGGGAUAAAAUGUAUGAUCGCAGGGGUCACGCUGCUGGGACCCUCGCGAUCUCGGUGCAGCCCCCUUUAAGGCACAACCCAAAUUAAAGGGGGUGUCUUCUUUAAACUAAGCCCAGGAUCACCGCCUGCGUUAAUGCACUGUUUAAUUUAACAUUCCUGCAAAAAAGGGAUGCCAACAUAUACUGUGGUGCAGUACUGCAAGCCUUUUCUCUUGUAUGUCCUGAACAUUGUCUGCUAUCGACUACAUUCAGGCAACUUCCCUCACAUACAUAUACCAUAAACAUGCUGUAUACUUGCAGCUGUAUGAUAUAAAUCGACUCCACAGCAGAUAUCUUCAACAUUAGUCCUGUCUGUGCUGUCACGUUCCAUGCCCAAGUUUGCAUUGAAAAGUGACAUUACUCCCCCAUUAUAUUGCAAUC